AUGGAACCGCGAAUUGAAGAAACGGAUACUGGAUCACUGGCAGAUAACUCAUCAGUUGCUUCGUCGGAUUCGAAUUAUUUAUUGGAUUUAGCUGAUGAAACCGAGUAUGAGGAUAUCUUACCCAAGACCAACUAUCAUUCUCCUUAUUACGUGAACGUUCCGACUCCCAAGCAUUCUCUCUUGGCAGGAGCUGGUGCUAACAGUGCCAGUGCUGGUGCCAAUUCAGGAGCCGGUAAUGCAAAUAUCAGUGCCAGAGCUGGUGCUAAUGUUGGUGUGGGCUCGGGUGCAGGUGCUAGUGCCAAUGCUGGAAAAGCUGAGGGAUUAGACUUAUAUGAUGAUGGUACAGCGUCAUUUGUGCGAGAAUAUCCUACUGAUAUCUUGGCGGAUAGGUUUCAUAAAUGGCGGAAGAUCUUGAAGGCGAUGAUCAUUUAUUUGAGAGAAGUUGCAUAUUCGCAAGAACAAUUCGCAAGAAUCAAUUAUUCCUUGAAGAAUUCUGUGAAGUUCUCAUUCUUGACUGAUUUAGAUGAAAGUACUAACAGAGUCUCAGAUCCAUUGACGAAGAAUUUGCCACAAAAGAAACCGCAACCAAUGACGCAGAUGAAAUCGCCAUUUGACGAGAAACCGGAUCCGUUUGCUGCCAGUAAUGCUAGUACCCUGAACAAUUCAAGUAUCGAUCUUGGGCAAGAGUUGCAACUGGAACCUAACGACAGUUGCUCUGGCGCUGGGUUCAUGAACUUUGGAUCAGGUUCUAUACAGGACAUUCAAGUUAUUCUAAAGAAGUACCACCUCUCUUUGGCAAGUCAACAAGUUAAAUCGAGCAAAGAGAUCACCCUACAGAUCAUUCCAAAAUUAGAGGAUUUGAGGAAAGAUUUGAGCCACAAGAUCAAAGAGAUUAAGGAACUCAAUGCUGAUUUCAAAACCAAUAUCCAAGAGCACGUCGCAUUGACGGGGCAAUUGCUUCACAAGUACAUUGCUGCUGUGAAUUUUUUGAACGAUAAUGCUAGCAGAUCUGAUUUGAUCAAGUUAAAGAGAAAUUCAUCUCUUAAAUCGAAACAUGAUCCUUAUUUACUAAAGUUACAAUUGGAUUUACAAUUGAAGAGACAACUUUUGGAAGAAAACUAUUUGCAAGAGGCCUACAUCAAUUUACAAAGCUCUGGUAUGGAAUUGGAAAAGAUUAUUUUCUCAACUAUUCAGAAAACUUUGCAAAAGUUUUCAGCAAUCAUUGAUGUUCAAGCGCGUACUUCCAUUAACAACUUGUGCAGGGAGUUACAAAGAGGUAUUCUUUCCAAACCACCAUGUGUAGAAUGGGACAACUUUGUUAGUCAUCAUCCAAGAUGCUUGCUCAACUGGAAAUCUACUGACCCUAUCCCACAGCCAAGAAAGUUGUCUGAUAUUAGAUACCCAAAAAUGAAAUCUUCGUUGGCUAAGUGUAUCAGAGCCGGAUAUUUGCUAAAGAAAUCAAAGUAUUUGAAACAAUACAACAAGGGUUAUUUUGUCCUAACAUCUAACUACUUGCAUGAGUUCAAAUCUUCAAACUUCUUUAAACUGACACAGGACACCGGCGAAAAUAGUGAACAUGCAAUCAUACCUAGUUCGGGAAACAAGGGGAGGUCCAUUAUUCCUAUUAUGAGUAUCUCAUUGAACGAGUCUGAAUUGCUGGAGAUAGAAGAUAAAUUUACCAUCAACUGUAAGUCGACUUAUAUUAUGGAAGAGAGUGCUAGUGAAUCCAUUUCAAAUGAUUUAAAGAAGAUCUCUAAAUCUACUUCAACAAUUUCCAAGCUCUUUAAACCAGGAAGUGGCAAACACGGUAAGAACAACAAUUUAGCAAUGGGCUCUUCAAAUGAUAGCAGAGUAGUGUCUGGUGGUGAUGAUACCGUAAAAUUCACAAGUAUCACCUUCAAAAGACCAGCAGAUGUCGAUGUCAAAGAAUUCAAGAAAUGGACUAAUAAUUUGAAAGAUCUAACCAAAUUCCACAAUACUCUGGAUAGAGCCAGAUACAUCGAAGAAAAGAUUUUGAAAGCUCACAAUAAAUUUGCUAGCAGCACCUUGAGCUUGGGACAAUCUAAAUCGGAACCAACUUCUUCUCUUCACUUGUCAAGCCAGUCUUCAAGUAAUUUACAACAGAGACCACACUACAUACAACUUCCUUCUGUCUCGCAAGUGAACUUGAGAUCAAAGGUAAAUACCCCAGCCAUUGACGAUAAUGGAAAUUUAAUAUUUGCCACGGAAAGGCCUAAAUCUCUGGCACCUACUAUUGAAGCUAGGCCGCCUCCUACCGAAUUGCCAUCUCAUCAAGUAUCUCCAACUUCGUUCAUUUCUAACGAUGGCUCCUCAGGCUCGAAUAAAACUUCUAAUAUGGGAUACGUUAUAACUAGCAAUGGAAUGACACCAGUUCAUCACUUGACGCCUUUGACCCACGUAAGAACAACAAGCGGUGAUGCCGGUAAUACUACGAAUCAUACAGGUGCCGAGUUCAACUUUUUCAUGUCCCCGAAGGAUAUUUCUGGGAAUGUGACUUCAGCUAGUAACACCUCUAGUGGUAGUGGUGGAGGCUACUUUGCAAUUCCUGUGAAAUCAACGUCUCAACACUCGACACCAACCGGCGAGGGCUCAAGAACGCCGAACGCCAUCCCAAAGAUCCACAUCAACGAAUUAGAGGCACCACAUCCGGCGAAAGUGAUACCUCUCAAUCAUACGCCAGAAACGUCCACCUCGAGGAAUAUUCCCUAUAACAAUUUGAAGAAGAAUUCGAGCGCAAGCAGCGUCCCAUCAGUUAGCUCAUUACGUGCUGCUUCACCUAUUCUUUCUAACCCACUUCACAAUUUGAGUACUCCAGCAUUACAAGGUGGGAAACAAUCACAAACGCAACCUGUCAGAAAGCACAAGAAAACGGUAUCUUUCAACUCAUUAAACAGUUUGAUGUUUUCUAAAAAGGCACCAACCCCUGUUAACAGCCAGUAUUUAUCGGAUGCGAAAAUCAACGAGGAUGAUGAUCCUAAUGCUAUCAACAUUCAUGAAUCUUUGUAUUCCUGA